AUGGAAGUUGUCACCCGUGCCUCGUUGAAGGUAUGUCCGUUCGUGAAGUCGGCCUCGGCCCAAUCUCUUCGUCAGAUGAGUCAGAAGUCGGGUUUGGCCAAUCAGGCUCGUCAAUGCCCAUUCAUGAAUGCCGCUUUAAAAACUUGUGAAGGAUCGACAAGAUCGUACACCACUGCCUCCAAGCCUGUCAGUGCCACUGCGGCAUCGGCGGCUUCUGGUGGCCAAAAAAUCUCGACUCCUUACGUCUACAAGCAGGACCAGCUUGCCGGUCAUCAAGUCAACCUUGGCUCCAAAGAGGAGGCGUUUGACUAUGAUGGGUUCUUGGGCAGUGAGUUGGACAAGAAACGGUCCGACAAGCUGUAUCGUUACUUCAACAACAUCAAUCGGUUAGCCCAUGAAUUUCCUCGGGCUCAUCGUACCGCUGAGGAAGACAAGGUGAUGGUUUGGUGCUCCAAUGAUUACCUUGGAAUGGGCAAGAACGAAAAAACUUUGACCGAGAUGAAGCGGGUAUUGGAAAAGUACGGUACUGGUGCUGGUGGAACCCGAAACAUCGCCGGUCAUAACCGACAUGCCAUCAAAUUGGAAUCUGAACUUGCGGCUUUGCACAAGCAUGAAGCUGCGUUGGUGUUCUCGUCUUGCUUUGUUGCCAAUGAUGCCGUCUUGUCGUUGUUGGGCCAAAAAAUGAAGGACUUGGUGAUCUUUUCCGACGAGUUGAAUCAUGCUUCCAUGAUCCAAGGUAUCAGAAAUUCCAGAGCCAAAAAACAUGUUUUCAAGCAUAACAACUUGCAAGACUUGGAGGAAAAGUUGGCUAUGUACCCUAAAUCCACCCCCAAGUUGAUUGCGUUUGAAUCGGUGUACUCGAUGUGUGGUUCUAUUGCGCCUAUCGAAGCCAUUUGCGACUUGGCUGACAAGUAUGGUGCGUUGACCUUUUUGGACGAAGUUCAUGCCGUGGGUAUGUACGGUCCUCAUGGUGCUGGUGUUGCCGAGCACUUGAACUUUGAAGCCCACUUGAAAGCUGGAAUUGAACAACCAGCCACUUCCACUGUCAUGAACAGAAUCGACAUGGUAACUGGUACUUUGGGUAAGGCUUACGGAACUGUAGGAGGUUAUGUUACCGGUAAGGCAAACAUGAUUGACUGGUUCAGAUCUUAUGCUCCAGGGUUUAUUUUCACCACCAGUUUACCUCCUGCCAUUAUGGCGGGAUCUAGUGAAGCUAUUCGGUACCAAAGAUCCACCUUGAUGGACCGUAUUGCUCAACAAAAGAACACUAGAUACGUCAAAGACAACUUGAACUCUCUCGGAGUCCCUGUGAUUCCAAACCCUUCGCACAUCGUGCCGGUGUUAGUUGGUAAUGCUGCUGAUGCCAAGAAAGCAUCUGACUUAUUAUUGGACAAGCAUAACAUUUACGUUCAAGCCAUCAACUUCCCCACUGUCCCAAUUGGCCAGGAACGGUUGAGAAUCACCCCUACGCCUGGCCACGGUCCUGAGAUCUCCAAUGACUUGAUUGGUGCACUUGACUCAGUUUUCUCUGAGUUGCAAUUGUCUCGUAUUGGUGAUUGGGAAGCUCAAGGUGGCUUGUGUGGAGUUGGUGAAAAGGAUGCUAGUGCAAGCAGCCAUAUUUGGACAGACGAACAAUUGAACUUGACCGACAAGGACUUGAACCCAAAUGUGUUUGAGCCUGUGAUCAGCCCUAUUGGUGUCAGCUCUGGUAUCAUGGUAUAG